CACAAGACAAGACAAGGCAAACGCUGGGUGAGGUGGGCCGCUGCCAUGGCCGACGAUCCGUGCGGCGAACGCGAGGACCAGCGGGCCGGCAGCAGCGAGGUGACCAUCCGGCACCAGGUGUCGCUGAGCGUGAGACCGGCCGCCGCGUCGCUGCAGGAUGAAGCGGCGCUGCUCGCACAGCUGGACCCCGGGCCCGGCUGGCCCCAGCUCUCGGAUUACGCCUGCUCCGACCUGAGCUUCGAUGGCGCCGGGCCCCCGCCACUGGCGGCCACCGACAUGGGGCUGCUCGAAGGGAGGAACGAGGCGCCGCGACUCGUCGCUCGUACGGCCGACCGCGACGACAAGAGCGUCCCCGUCGCGCAGUGCGCUUCGUCAAGCGCCGCUGGCUCGAUCGCGAUCCAGAUCGAAGAAGCGAGGGACUUCUCCCGCAAGCAGUGCCACAAGUACACGGCCAUUCGUCCCGCAGUUUCCGGCCAGUGGUCCUUCGAAACGCGUCAGGUGACCGGAUCGCCCGCGGGCUCGGUCAAGGUGCACUGGGUCUCGAGCAAGACGGAAAGCGCCGCCGCCGACGGCCCGCUUCCCGACGCGGCGACGGCAGCGGAAGCCUCGGGCGACGCGACGCACGACGACGCAGCACGACGAGACGGAGAGGAAGCCAACGGAGGAGGAGGGGCCGUGGCGGCCAAAGCAGUCCACUCCAGGGUCAACAUGCUGGCUUCCACGUCUCCCGCGGCCGCGCGUAACAACGCCACGACUGCGACGGCGGAGGCCCUGGCGGGGGCGCAGUCGGGCUCUUCGAUCUUCGAGCCGAGACCCAAGGAGUCGCUGGGCGACGUGAACAUCCGCGUGAGGGCGACCGGACACCAGUCGUCGGAGGGCAAGGAGGAGUUCGAGGUGGGGGUCGCCUCGUCCAGGAGUCGCGCCAGCAUCCACCUGGAAGGGCAGAUCCUCACCGCCACGUCCAGCAAGGCGAACCUCGUUCACGAUUUCAAGAUGGCCGCCGUCGGCAACCCCCAUCGGGUGCGCGACGUGGCACCGCCAUCGGAAGAACGUGACACCAACUGUCCGCCGCACAUGGGACCUCUGUCGAGCCCCGCGGCUACGGCGAAGACGGAACAGGGUGGCGAUGACGUAAAGAGUCAGCCGAGCCCCGCGGCUACGGCGAAGACGGAACAGGGUGGCGAUGACGUAAAGAGUCAGCCGAGCCCCGCGGCUACGGCGAAGACGGAACAGGGUGGCGAUGACGUAAAGAGUCAGCCGAGCCCCGCGGCGACGGCGAAGACGGAACAGGGUGGCGAUGACGUAAAGAGUCAUCCGAGCACCGCGGCUAGGGCCACGACGGAACAGGGUGGCCAUCACGUAAAGAGUCAGGCACCCGCUCCCGCGGAGCCUCCGGCGCCCGAGAGUCAACCGGCAGACCGGGUGCCACCGUUGCAGAAGAACGUCGAAUGCGAACGCGUCGCUGGCCGGGAAACGUUCCGCGCUGCCGUAGUUCCCGAAGCGAACGUUCCUAGCCUGGGAUGCCUGACCAAGGUAUUGAGCGUCGCGCGUAACGAUCAGGAUGGUGGCCUGGCGAGUCAGUACGGCUUGGGAGACAACCAGACCGGCGGUCCUAUCCUGCGCCAGUUGUCAGUCGACGAGAGCGACGAACCGGCGGGUACCGCGGUCGCGUCGUCUCGGAGUCGCCGCUUGGGAGAAGCCAAAACUGUACGGUACGCUGCGUCGUCGGAACGACUGCACAAGAUAUCAAGGGCCAGCGCCCGGUCGGGGCUGAGGGAAGAAUUCCUCUUUUCGGCCACGACAGUUGGCUUUAGCGAAAAAGAGCGUCAGACCCUGCCGCCCGUGCGCGAAUCGGGCAUGUCCUCCUCGUCGCGUGUCCACCUGCGCCCCACGAGCCGGUUCUCUGAGUUCGGCCUUUCGGCGACGACUUUCGGCCUCACGGACAGGGACCGUCGUGCUAUAGCACCUAGCCACUCACUGGACAAACGUCGGAGCGGCAAUCGUUUGUCACGUGACCGCACGCGAUCCACGAGCCGGUUGGAUGAAUUCGGCUUUUCUGCGACGACUAUCGGCCUCACGGACAAGGAUCGUCGAGCUAUAGCGUCUAGCCAGUCCCUGGACAAGCGCUCCAGUAUCAAUCGUUCCAAACGCAGCCAGCCUGACUUCAAGUCCUCCUCCAAGAAGAGCCUGCAUGACUGCAUCAGCCCAAGUCACGAGGUUAGACGAGAGUUUGGUUUUUCAGCGACAACAAUCGGCCUCACUGACAGAGACGUGCAAAACUUGCCCUCUUCGAGAGACAGGUUUCGAGCGUCUGAAACUGCAGUACCUCAGGAGGCCUCGGCCAAUGACGCAAGUCGUCAAUCUUCAAGAACUGCGUAUGGUUUUGCGGAAAGACGAUCUGGGGAAUUUCUCCCAGUCAGGAGCGUCAGCCACUUGGUGCCGCGUUCCAGUAGAUCGUCCGUACUACUUCCACCGUCAACCAUGGAAGGCCUCAUCAUUCAAAACCUACCGCAAAAUGAAAAUGGAGGAAGCAGCCGAUGCGUUUUUGUCGGUGAUCUAGACACAGAAAGCAAUGCAGCGGGCAUAUCGAAGCUGAAUGUUUCUAGCGAAAUGCUACAAAGCACGACGCGACCGUUACUUUCCGUUAUCGAUGAAGAAGAGAGCACCACAGAUAUCGACGUCGACGGAAUCGUCCUGCGAAGAAAUGCUCGGCGGACGCUUAAAGUUACACCUUCCAGGGAACUCUUUGGCUCCAUCGAAGGGUCAAGAUCAUUCGACAAUUCUAAUCCCGCCACGUACAACAGUUCGAACCAGCCCGGGCAACCAAUAGGUAGCUUUUACGAGGAGAGACUUCAAGACCCGCUGCAUUUGGUCGGUUCCUCAUUCGAGUCACCGCGAAACAGGGCAAGUACAGUCCGAUUUUUAGAGAAUACUGCAGUGUCACACUGGGUUCCGGGCGCCGCUCAAAACCCUUCUUCCGUAGAGUUUCAAGGACACCGGGGACAGAGCGCCACGACCUUCCCUUCUGCCCACUCAAUGAUGGACUUUGAAACUGCCUACGAGACAGCACACAACUCCAGCGAAGCUCAGUCGCCAUUACCCGCGCUUGCUAUGUCAAGGCUUGGAGCUGUUAGCGUGUCGUCCAGCAGUUCGUUGGAGGUAGACGGUGUUCACGUUAACCAAGCGGCGCAGUUCCACACCAAGUCUGAGACAUCCGCGGGUCCUGCAAGUGCCCUCGGCAUUCCAGCACCCAACGGGAUAUUACGAAACACUGGCGAUGCUUUGGGGUCAAACUUUGGAAAUAAGCACUUCGCUCGCACAGCUGCAAUGGGUAGCCAGCUGUAUUUCAACGAAGAUAAUAGCAAUUUCCUUGCAGAUCAGCAAACCCCAUUGGGUCCAGACGGCUCGACGGCAGCACCAGGUACCGGAAGAGCCGAGCAAGUCUUGGGGCCACCUUACAGGGGGCAAUUUGGCUAUCACGCUGGUGCCGAGGAUUGGUUGCCUUACGGCCGCUAUUGUGAGCCUCCCGUGUACCAGGAACUCGGUGCCACGACAUGUGGUGCUUUUCAAGCCUCAUUCAGUGCCCCUAAGCCUCCAUUACGCGUGCCUUACCCGAUAAAUCCUGGUGUCGAAGCCAUCGUCGCGCCGGCAACCGGUGGGGUUCCUCGAACGCCGUUGGCUCGGCGCAGAUCGCCCGAAUUCGCGGGCGGACAGCUUCCGUACGGCAGACUGAGGCUUUCCACAGCAGGUGCGACGAGAAAAAGUCGUCGCGUCGAGGACGUCUACCGACAGCACGACGUUCCGUACGCAGGGCCGAGAACCACAGUAUCGGCGCAACAGAACGUCAGAGUGGGUCAAGCGUACGGAUCGCGCUCCAGACCACGCGCUAGACGAAGCGUGUCUCCCGCCCGCAGGAUGACGCAUGCAUUUCAGCAACGGCCUUACACCCCAGCAAAUUUGCAGGGUCAGUACUGGGGAAACACGUAUGUUCCCAGCGUUGCUAACUCGUGGCACGGUGGUUGCUACGAGAAUCCGGCGUUCGAGCCAGUGCCCGCCCCAUUCCUAGAUACCGUGCCUGCGUCUCCGACUAGCGAAGCAACAGGCUGGUGGAUACCAGAUCAGGAGUACCGGAGGAGGAGGAAGAAAGCAGUUCUUCGUGUAGAAAGCGUGAGCACGUUCGAGAGUCACGAGAACGCCAACGAACCGCGUGCGCCGAGCGUACGGUCUCCGGCAGUUUAUAGGAAACGAUCAUCGCAGGAAAAGAUCACGUCUGCGAAGACAGUGCAGACGGAGGAGCGCGGUGAUAGCGCAAGCUGCGUGGCGCCGACGACAACGAAGACGGGCCGGCCCAAUGUCAUAACCCCGAGAGUCAAAACACACGUGGACAUAGACGACAGUAACAGCGAAACAAGGAACGCCAGCUACACGCGCGUCAGAACGCAGACUGAAACAGUCCAGCAACCCUGGGCGCCGGGAGGAGGACCGCCGGACCACGCACGAAACGUGGAAGCGUCGUUCUUGUCGCCAAACUUUGGCACAAGCCCGUCCUACCCUGGUUACGUUAAUCAAAAUUUUGUCUGUCCCCCUUACAUGCCCAACUUCCGCCCAGAACUGGCGGCCCCAACAGCAGUGCCAGUUUCUGCCACCGCUUUCCUGGGGCAGACGGCCCAAAUGACGCCUCCAGCUGCACUCCAGAUGGCAUACUAUGGACAAAUGCCGGCAACAAGCCCUCCGCAGAGUGUCGGGCCACCAGCUUCGCUACCUGCUGCUCGCGCACAGAGUUCUUCAGAGCGAGUCACGGCUUGCCCACUAUCAUCCUGCUUCAAGGGGGCCUUCUCGCGACCGGAGGAGAGCUCGGAAGAGCAGCCGAAGAAGCGCGAUUCGCACUGCUGCCACCGCGAGCGAAGACGCAAGCGCGCCCGUUCUCCGCUUCCACCGCCGUCUGUGGGCAGCACCUUCACGGUGGGGUACGUGAUGAACUCGGAGAACGAGCUCAGUCCCGUUCUUAUGCCCUUAAAUGCCACGUGCACACAGUCUCCGCCGAACGAAACCAGAGGCACCCAAUCCGUCGCACCGAGUGCACACUCUGUUUCGUCGCUGGAGUCGGAGAGCGAGGAGGACCCCGUGGCGAAGUUGGAGAAACGAGUUCAGGAGCAGAUGGUAGAAAUUGAGAAGGCCAUCCAGGAGCAAGACGCGAGGUGGGAGCAGAACGAGAUGAGGAAAAGAAAGGAAACCGAAAGAAAGAGGCCGCCAAAGGAGAAGACGGGCAGUGGGGCCAAGCGCAGAGACGGAAAACUGCGCAAUAUCUUCGUCGCGAAGGUGGAAGAUAGCUACAGUCCCGACGAAUGCGACGCCGAGCCUCGGAGUUGGUUCUCGUGGUCACGAACAAGCAAAAGUAGAAAAGGUGUCCAGUUGAGAGUGCCACGGGAGGCACGCCCGGUUAGUUCCAUGGACACGCAUACGGAAGGGAGUUCCGCCAGUCGCGCUUCGUCGAAGGGGAACCUGUCAGAGGGGAGCGAGAAGAUCGCCAUCCCAGGAGUGUCCAGUAGCGAAGCCGUGCCUUCCGGAUUCACGUGGGCGACGCGCCGAAAGAAGCAUAUACGGUCUAGUCGGUGCGGCAGUCCUGGCAGUGAAGCCGCACCUGCCGGCUUCGCGUGCGUGACGCAGCGGAAAAAGCCUACUCAGUAUAGUUCGCGCGGUAGUCCUGACAGAGAACCCAUGUCUCCUGACGCCACGUUGGAGACGCGCCGAAAGAAGGCUGCUCAGCCUAGCCCGCGCGGCAGUCCUAACAGAGAAGCCGAACCUGAACCUGGCUUCGCGUGGGAGGCGCACCAAAAAAAGUCCAGCCAGCCUAGCCCGCGCGGAAGUACCGCCCGAAAGGUCUCCUACACAGACAAGCGCAGCCAUGGUGGGUCCCCACCUCGAGCAUCCGCAAAGAGAGCACCCAGCCCCGAACACAGCGGCAGGUCAAGUCCAUUGACGGAUAGACGACAGCGGAGACAUCACUCGGAGGAGCGCAGCACGCCGUCGCCGGACAUUGUGCUCAGCGGCGCCGAAGCAGACACCGACACAGACAGCGCCCUCCUGGCAAAGAUAAGGGUCGGUUUCCCUGGAGCCCGGAGAACGCAGAGGCGUUGGUCUCGAACGGAGAUGCACCGCUCCACUUCCUACGACACGGCGGCAUCGUCCCUGGCUCCUUCGUCGACCGCUGAGAGGCGCGUCCGUUCCGCGGGACGGCUUCCGCGGGAAAAGUCAAGGAAGCCGUCCCGCGACACGGUCAGCGAAGUCCCCCCGUCGUCAUGUUGGCAGUCCGUGUGCAACCUUUUCGGAGGACCAGAAGAGCAACCGUCUUCCGAGAAGGCGGCUCGCGCAAAGAAGUCCAAGAGCUGCUGCAGUUCCGUGUGUGACCUGUGCAGGUCCUGGUGUGACGAAGCGCCCCGACCGUACAAGAAAUCGUCGCGUCGGAGAAGGUCGCCAGAUGUCGUUGCACCAUUACCGCCUCCGCCUGUGAUGCCACCGCCACCUAUCGGCUAUCCUCCGCUGCCACCGAAGCCAAAGUUCCGACGGCGGAACAGCAGCUAUGAAGACGUAGCCGAGAAAAGCCAAGAAGAAGAGGCAAAGCCUGCCUCUGGAGGAAGCAUACUUUCAAAUAUCUGCAACUGGUUCUCCUCGCGGAGCGGAGACAAGCAGGACGAAGGCGAAAUGGGACGCAAGGACACGAGACUGGACAACCAAGGCAGCAGUUUUCAGGUCUGGUUAGCGAAAAAAGAGCGCGCCCUCAAGAGAGACGAGUACAAGCUCAGAGGACCACACGGGCUUUCGGCCACACAGUCCUCGGCCUCACAGUCGCGAGAGCACUCAGCCACCCGAUCCCGAGAGCCCCCGCCAGUGCAAGCCUCGCCGAUGCCACAGGAGCUGUAUUUCGAGGAGGAAGGUGGCCCUCGGUGGGUUAUUAAAUACUCUCCUUCUAAUUCUGCGUCGCCUGCGCAACUGGCGGUAGAUGGACCUGGCGCACCUGGCCAGCGCAAGUCCGCGAGCUCGCGCGAGAGAACGCCUCCGGUCUUGAGUGUCCAGCAGUCACCGGCAGGCGCCGGUGAAACGAACUGGUCAGUCCAGUACUUGUACGGCCCCAGCGGUUCUAAACAAGCAACGGCCGCACAGUUAAUCUCGCGGCCGCCGACGAGAAUGCCCACGCCACCUUCUGUGGCCGUAGGCUUGCAAGGAAGCUGUGGGCCACCCGGCGCGGGACAAGGGCAAGCAAUGGCGGCAGGCUUCGGUAGACCACCCUCGCACGGAUUCAACAAUACGCCCGACUGGUCUAUACGCAUAACGCAAGGUCGCGAGCACUCUUCGUCGUCGCGUGCCUCAGUCCGCUCCAAGGGCCCCGGAAAACACAGUCCUUCGGCCGGGUCGAAAGAAGCUCCACCCGAGAUGCAACCGUCCUUCGUCUUGCGGCUCGUUGAACCACGUCCACGAAGCCGAGGCAGUUCAGCCAAGUCGCUGGAACACACCCCGGAUAAGAAGAAGAGCGAGGUGUCUUUCAAGGACAAGCCAGAGACAAAUGCCGUUGCACCGCCAGCAGAGCCGGCAGGUGCGAAGUCCGAGAAGACGGAGCCUCCUCCUCCUCCGGCAGCCGAUGCUGGGAAAGCGCAGCUGUCGCCUCCUAUCGCCUAUGCUGGGAAAGCGCAGCUGUCGCCUCCUAUCGCCGCCGCACCGCGCGUGCUCCACACGGAGGAGUCGUUCAAGCACGAAUUCUACGAGGAGAUGGACGAACGCGGCAGGGCGGCGACCAUGGCCCCGGCGGUCAUUCGGCCCGGCGGGAGCUCUGCGCAAGAGGCCGCGCAGUCGGCCGCCCUGCAGAUGGCUGCAUUCGAUGCGCUCCUCUCGCGCGGCGCCGUACCGCCGAAGACGCCCGAGGGCGCCACCGAGGCCCCGAAGAAGCCCAGCUCCGGAAGUGCGCCCAGCAAAGAAGAGAAGAAACUUCCGGAAACGCCGAUGGAAACCUCACCGGAGAAGCAGGGUCUAGUCGGCGCCUCGGCGGCCCUGCAGUCGUCGCAGUCCGAGCCGGCGCGCAACAAGGCCAAGGGACCCGAGGCCCCCAAGCCCGGCGGCAGGAAGGCGUCGCUGUCACCCGGCGAGCCGGCGCACACCAACUACGUGCUGGAGAUGAAGCGGCAGCGUGAGCCGUACUGGAGUGACCCCUUGUCGUACAAGUGUCCCAGCGUGCAGGAGGUGGCCGGCUACGCCAUCAUCACGGCCGUGCUCCUGCUGGGUCUGGUGUUGCUCGUGUCCGUGCCCAGGAUGCGCUCGCAAGACGUUGGCGCAUACUGAAAACGUGUUUCUGGUCUGCCUUGCAGCUCUGAAUGUCCAGCAGUGACAUUAUGCGGCGACUCCCAUCAUCUCCAUCUCUGCUGUUACAUGCUUUGUUCACUUCCUCUCGCAAUAAAGCCAGGUUCGAUCAGGCUCACCAAAAUUAUAAC